UCGUAUUUCAGCAGCUCUCUCUAGCACUGCAGACGUUCGUCUGGUUACUUCAGGAACAUUUCUGUCGUGACAAUAGGGUGCCUGUUGUGACAACGAAUUUUUCUGUAGUACUACAAAAAUCUGUUGUAGUGCUUCAGUUUUCUGCUGUAACGACACACAUAGGACGGAGUGCACAUCAAAAAAGUAUGUCGCUGCAACAGGAAUCUGUCGUUACUACAGAAAAAUCCUGGUUUCUGUAGUACUGAAGGCAACCUCUGUUGUCAUUUUCAACUGGGAUAGUGCUUGGAAAAAAUAUAAGGUUUGUAGGCUUAAGUUUCGCAUCUCUCCUGCAGAUUCACGCCCUGACUUCCAUGCAAAAACAAUGCACGCAAAACUAUUCGAUUUUACUUGAACUUUAGAAAUCUGCUAAGCAGCACUAACAGUAACCAUACGCAGGUGCAACAAAUCUCCAACCUUGUCUCCAUACAGCCUACACGUACUAUGUCAUUGCUUAAGCACUGGUAGCUCGUAUGCCUAACGGUUAGUGCAUUCAUCAUUUCAUAGGAGCUUACCGCAAAAUAUUUUCAGUCUUUGGUAACGCUCACAUUAUUGAGCUUAAGAAUGCAAGGUGGUGGUUAAGCAGUCCGGGUAUUUGUUAUGGCCAUAAAGUAUUGAUGUGCAUGGCUAGAACUUUGUAUGUGCGUCCACGCCUAAUCUCUACCCGCCAACUUGUGUCUUGGUAGUCCAUGGUCAAAUGCCAUGUAGUGCAUGGCUUCUGUGCUGCGAGAACUGGGUUCAAAACCAACCGUUGGACCAACGUGAGUCUGGGUAUGUAACACUGGGUAUCUGGUGAUGUUCAAUGAAAGUACAUAACUCCAACUUGGGUCGGCGGGUAUGUGCCACUGUUCAAUGGCCCUCUUUCACUCUAGGCAUGUGCUGCUCUUCAUUAAACCCCUCUCAUGCCACCUUGGGUCACUGUGUUUGCGCUGCGUUUCAUAAUAACUAUUAUAUGAAACGUACGAUGAACAAUUAUUUAGCAAGCAAUAAGAAAGAUUGCUGAAAGAAUCUAAGUCGCCAAUCACCUAUGAUGGAUCCACCGCCAGUUUUCUUCCACGAUAAGGAAUAUUGAUAACGACAUCGCGACUCGGAUAUUCUGUGUGAUCAAUACGAAGCCACUAUUAGUCGUUUUUUCUGCAGCAGGAGCGAAGGGCUUGUUUAUCAUUAUCUUUAGUUUCUCCACAAACGCAAGGAAGAGGACAAAGAAGAAGAGCCAGUCCUCUCGGCGUCGGUCACAGGGUGGGCCAUGUGAACGACGCGGGUGACGACCAUCUGAGCGAGCCUGAUCUGCAGCCUGUUACAGGCUCCGGUGGGUGCCCGCCCUCGGCAGACGCUCCAGCGUGGUCCCGGACCUGCAGCGGGCGAUGGUGACUCUCGCAGGAAUCUUGGGCGCCUGUCUCACGCUGGCUGCCUGUUGUCACGCCGCCACAACGGAAGCCGAACCACCGAGGCGAGAAGGCAGCUGCGACGAGACCAGCUUGGCCGCCAGCCUUCGGCAGUGUGACGCAAAGUUUGGUUCGACCAGCGCACAAGACAACGGGCUCAACGCAAAGACGGCCUGCUCGGCAGUCGGAGAAUACAAGGGGUGCCUGGUGGAACUGACGCGAGUCAGUGGAUGCGGAAACUCUUCGCUACUCGUCAGACGACUGCAGCGAAUGGAUAAGUUCGCGCAAGAGCAACCCCUCUGCGUUGAGCAUGCGAACGCGUCCUCGCAACUCGUAAUGGAGGCACCUCGGGCGAAGGGAGACACAUGUGCGACACAUAAAGUGUGGAAUACGCAGUUCCUGUGCGCCAAAAGUUUCAACGCCGAAGUGGAGGAGCUACAAGAACACAUAGGCGAUCAGUCAAAAGAAAUUUGCAGGCACGUACUGGCAUGCUGAUUAAAGGGCGUUUAGACUUUUAC